AUGACAACGCUGAACAAAGUCCAGGCAGAGAUAGACAGAGUGAUCGGACAGAGUCGACUGCCCUACACUGAUGCUGUCAUCCAUGAGGUCCAGAGGAUGGGAAACAUUGUUCCUCUCAAUGGACUCAGGUUGGCCGCCGAGGACACAACACUUGGUAGUUACUUCAUACCGAAGGGUACGAUCGUGAUGCCCAUGCUGACCUCUGUGAUGUUUGACAAGACUGAAUGGGAGACUCCAGACACCUUCAACCCCGGACAUUUCCUAGAUGCUGAGGGAAAGUUUGUAAAGAGAGAAGCUCUUCUGCCUUUCUCUGCAGGGAAACGUGUGUGUCUUGGAGAAGGCCUCGCCAAGAUGGAGCUGUUCCUGUUUUUGGUUGGUUUACUACAGAAGUUCUCUUUCUCUGUUCCUGAUGGAGUAGAGUUGAGUACAGAAGGAAUUACUGGAGUUGUACGUGUACCGCUCCCCUUCAAAGUUCACGCCAAGGCUCGCUGAAUUAUACAAUAUCUCAAUCUCAGUCUUUGACUGUUGCAUCACACCCUCAUGUACUGAGGGCCUUUUUUUAUUACUGCUUGUACAUUUAAUUCUAUGAAAUUAUUAUUUUUUCAGACACAGGGAGGGCAAAUAACUUUAAGUGCAAAAUAGUAUUCAGCAGGUCAGACAGGUUCAGACAGUCUUCUGCCCACAAGCGCUGAUGCACACAAGAAAAUCUGGCUGCUCAAAGGGCACAAUGCAUUUUAUGUUAGUACAUGUGCUGCUGGGAUGAUGAGAAAAUGCAGGUGAGUGAG